GGCAGCAGGGGCUUGACUUGGUCUGUCCCUUCCUUUCCUCCACCCAGAUCAGAGACAGUGCUCAGCCAGGCCUUAUACAAUUGGGGUUUGAGCAGCCCAAGUUUCAAGACUGCUACAAGGUCAUUGCCUCUCCUUCUACCCCCAAUUAAUGUUUCUCCCCAGCUGUCCUUGCUCAGGACGCCUGGACUAAGGAUUGGGACAUUUAUAGCUUGAUCCAACUUGUGUGCUCCCUGCAAGAUCACUGCCUGCCAUGAAGCCCUGUCUCAUCUUUGCUCUCCUGAGUGCAGCUGGAGUCAUUCUGGCCCGAGAUUCUGAAGUUGACAAGCUGGACUUAGCAGAAGACUUUACUAUUCCUUACAUGGUCUACCUGCCAUCCAGCCCUGAACCCUGUGUGGGGUCUCUGAUUCACCCCGAGUGGGUACUGACGGCUGCCCACUGCUCCCUACCUGUUAAAAUCCGACUGGGAGUUUAUCAACCCAGCAUCAAAAAUAAGAAAGAGCAGAUACGGAAUUACUCACUGACUGUGCCCUCCCCUGAAUUCAAAGCACAAUCUCUGGAGAAUGACCUGAUGCUGAUAAAACUGUCCAAGGCUGCUGCACUCAACUCCCACGUGGGAACCAUAGCCAUAUCUAUAGAACGCUUAGCAAUGAAUGAGUCCUGCUUUAUCCCAACCUGGACUUGGAAUGAAUACAAAAACCUGAGUGACCCUGAUAUCCUGACUUGGAUAAACCAAUAUUCUCUUCCCCUCAGUGACUGCCAGAAUAUGGUAGGACAAGUAAUGGCAGCAGGCAUCAUGUGUGUAGGACAACCUUUAAACAUCUUAUCUAAAACUAAGGAAGUUUCAGCCGCCCCAGCCAUCUGUGGGGGGAGGUUGCAUGGAAUCUUGUCCUGGGCCAAAGGAAGUGUCACCCUGGGAAGUGAAGGGUUCUUCACAGAAGUUUAUCACCAUGCAAGAUGGAUCUUGAAAAUCAUAAAUAACUACUGAGGCUCCUCCAUUCCUCCAUUCUCAGUGCAGCAUCUUCAUAAUUUCCACAUUGGAUUCACUGAUCUUUCUUGUUCUUGAACAGAGUUCAAAUAGAAAAUAUUCAGUAAAUAAAAAUGACACCAAGAACUCA